AUGGCAGAGCCCGUUACUCUUCAGGUUGAAGUUCCAGAAGGAAUAGGACCAGGUGCAAAUUUCAACGUUAGCACGCCGGAUGGGCAGGUGCUGCAACUCACGUGCCCAGAUGAAGUUGGUCCUGGGAUGCUGGUGUCAUUCUCGUACUAUCCUCUGGAGGAGAAGCUCGAGGACAGUGCAACAGGCGUGGAUAUCCACGAAGAUGACAGAGCCCGACUGGAGGAGGGGGCUGCCAUAGCCGCAGCCAGGCAAGAAGAGCUGAGUGCGCAGGGGGUGGUCAUGGCAGUCCCUCCUCCUCCUACAGGGGAAUUUGCAGGUUUUUCUUAUGCCGCAGCCUCGUUUGCGGCAGGGCAGAAUGCGAUAGUCACCCGGUCCAGCGGAGAGGAAUCUGGCUGUUACAUCCUGGAG